CCAGCCCUGAGGCGACCAAGCCAACGCCGACAGUGGGGAGAUGGAUUUGGGCAGAUUUCAACUGUCAUCUGGUGACAGGGCAAAAAGAUGGAGGAUUUGGAGUGAGAUCCCGGCGGGUGCUAGCAGCGGGGUGACCAUGAGCACGUCCCAUGUGCGUGUGAGGACAUGCGGAUGUGAGGGGACAUCCCAGACCAAGUGUCACGCAGAGGGCUUGGCUAUCGUGUCCCAGCAGGAUGAGCAAGCACGGCGGUGGGCACGACAGAGGGGUUGGGGACUGUCACCUUCUCCAUGGGGGGACGCACGAUGCCCAUCUGCAGAUGGCCAAGGGGCAGCAUCACCGAGGGGCGGCGGCAUUGCCAAGGGGAGGCAGGGCACGGGCAGCAUCACCGAAGGGCGGCACGGCCGAGAAGUGUCAGGGCGCAGACACCGUCCCCACCCAGGGGCCCCGGGCAGGGCAGCAGCUCGCUGGAGGGUUUCCUUCCUCCUGCCCCAGCCCGCGCUUCGCCAGCCACCCCGAGCACGUCUGCAAGCGCCUCUCAUGUGACCGCCAGCUUCCUGUGCGCUCCCCGCUCGGUGCCGGUGCCGCGGGACGGGACGGGCCGCGCUCGCCGCUGUCGGACGCUGAGCCCUCGCCACCGGCCCCAGCGCCAUGCUGCGCCGCAAAUCUUCCAACGCCGGCGACAAGGAGCCGGGACACAGGAAGCUUUCCCUACAGCGUUCCAGCAGCUUCAAGGAUUUCAGCAAGUCCAAGGUCAGCUCCCCUGUGUCAAGCGAGGAAUUCAACCUGGAGGAGAAUAUCCCUGAGGAUGAUCCCAGCAGUGCCAGCCCUGAGGAGGCUGUGCGGAGCAGUGGGACAAAGCUGGGCAGGAAGUGGCGGGCGGUCAUCUCCCGCACCAUGAACCGCAAGAUGGGCAGGAUGGCCGUGAGAGCACUGGCCGAGGGCAAGCAGGGAGAGGUGGAGGCAGAGGGGACCCCAUGCCCCCUGUCCCCAGCCAGCAGCGUGGAAGAGCAGAGCCAUGACAAGGUGCCCCUGUCAUACCUGGAGCUGGAGGAGGAGGAGGAUGGGCGCCCAGCCCUCGGACGCCAGAUGUCCAGCGGCAGCAACAUUCCCAGCCCUGGCGAUCCCAGGGACAGCCGGUCACUGGAGGAGACUGUCCCAGCCUACACUGGCCCCUUCUGCGGCCGGGCCCGCGUCCACACCGACUUCACCCCCAGCCCCUAUGACAAGGACUCCCUGAAGCUGCGGAAAGGGGACAUCAUCGGCAUCAUUGAGAAGCCACCUGUGGGCACCUGGACCGGGCUGCUCAACAACAGGGUGGGCUCCUUCAAGUUCAUCUACGUGGAUGUGAUCCCUGAGGAGACAGUCCCUGCCCGCAGGAGCCGGAGCUCCAGUCGGAACAAGCGCCUCAAGCCCAAGACCCUCCAUGAGCUGCUGGAGCGCAUCAACCUGCAGGAACACACCCCCACCCUCCUGCUGAACGGGUACCAAACCCUGGAGGACUUCAAGGAGCUGCGGGAGACCCACCUGAAUGAGCUGCACAUCACGGACCCCCAGCACCGCGCCAAGCUGCUGACGGCUGCCGAGCUCCUCCUGGACUAUGACACAGCCAGUGAGCCAGAGGACGGUGACACCACCGAGGCCCCGCCAUCACCCUCAGAGCCCAAAGGGGACAUUCCCCGCGACUCCGGCUGCUUCGAGGGAUCAGAGACCCUGGAUGGCAGCCGGGAGGAGGCCGAGCUGGGGGGUCCUGAGGAGCAGCUGGGGGCUCUCUCCAUGGCAGAAUCCCCCUGAGCCUGCCGGCACCGCCACUUCCCGCUUUGGCCCUAACAGGGGGGCUGGAUUGGAGGGGACGGCUGCUGGUGGGGGACAGGGGAGCCCCAGUGGUGGCACCUCGGGGCCUGGCCCGGCCCCUGCACCAGAGCCCAAUGCUGGGUGGACACAAGGUGCCCCAGGACAUUUUGCAUGGCAAUGCCUGGCAUCACUGCCCCGAGGAAGGGACUCUGGGCACGCUGGGCCACCGCACUCCUCACCACAGGCAUUGGCUGCUUUUCCCAGGUUUACCAGCAGGCUCAGGAAGGGAGAGCUGGGGAUGGAAGCCGUGUGUGCAGGCAACUGAAGCCUGCCCAGGACACUGUCACUUCUCAGCAUGGACACACAGAGACUUCCCCCCAUCACCUGCCAUGGGGGACAGCAAGAUGCAAAUAACACAGUUAAGACACCCUGGAAGUGUGAGAUGGAGAGUCCUGGAAAUGCACAGGAAAGGGGGAAGAGGCAGCUGGCUUGGGGCAGCACAGACACACAGGGGCUACAGCUCAGCCGUUUUCAAACCAAUUAAGUUUCCUUCAUUGUUUUAAAAUAAAAAAAAAAAAAUAAAAAAUAAAGAACACCCAACCCUCACCCAACCCCUUUCCCUCCUUCUGGAGAC